AUGCCAAAAAGAAAACAGGUGUUUAACAAUCGCGGUGACAAUGAAGUAUUCCAGGAUGAAUGGGAGGACGUCGUGCUGGCACCAAAGAUCGAAUUGUUACAACACGUCGGGAUAAAUCUUGACGAGUUGCCAAAGAAUGUUUAUGAAUUCAUCAAAUUGAGUCCACACGACAUUCAAUUGUUGGACGAAAAAGACGGAAGAGCCUUUCUACCACCUACUCGGGAUCCCGUUUCCAUCGUGUUGUCCAACUCGGAGUCCUUUCGAGUUUCGUCAUAUACGUCAUAUCCAAUUCAUAAUCAAUACCUGGCCGUAGCAGGUUACAAAUCCAACAUCAACGAACAUCAUCCUAUUGGUCGCAAACAAAAAUCCGAUUUGAAUAACGCGAUACAAUUGUGGAAAGUAGACUGUAGAAUUGAGGAUUUGACCGCGGAAGGGUGCAUCAAUCCAAGACUGGAUAUG